AUGAAGGGCCUUGAAGGUGAGCAGAAGAAGUUUGAAUAUUAUCAGGAGUUUCACAGGGAGCCAGUGAAGUUCUUGAAGAACAGACUCUUUGGUCUGAAGGACAUCAUCAUACCAGGAAACUGCAGCCUGCCCUAUGACCUCAAUCUGAACGGCAGUCAUGAUUGGCCAGUUUAUGUCAACCCAGGAAUCCUCUUCUUGCUCUACACUACCAUAGUGACCGUCCUCAGAACAGGACGUCAUGGAGGCUCUAACGCGACCACAUCCCGCCACAUCCCCACGUCCCCCGACUUAAGCAGGGGAGCCAUCGAGCUUCUGCUACUUGCCAUUGGUUUAAUCCAUGUCAUAGAAACAAGAGCAGUGCCUGAGCGGUUCAGGGGCCCGCAUCCAUCAUCCGGCAGUCCAGACGAAGGUGCAGAGGCGAAUGUGGGCUGCAGUGGCAAACAGAGUGAAAGCCCGUUCUUCCUGCUGGGAAGAGUGGUGAUGCAGCAGAGUUACGUCUGUGCGCUCAUAGCAAUGAUGGUUUGGAGCAUCACAUACCACAGCUGGUUAACCUUUGUGCUGCUGCUGUGGGCGUGUCUCAUUUGGAUCCUGCGUGCGAGGCGACAUGCAGCCACGUUGUGCUCUCCGUUCAUCCUGCUCUACGGCCUGGCUCUGUGCUGUCUGCAGUACGUCUGGGCCAUGGAGCUUCAACCCGAGCUGCCCACCACAGUGGGAACCAUGAGCCUCGGACAGCUGGGGCUGAAUCGAACCCAGUACCCCUGCCUCAGACUGGGAGCUAUGCUUUUAUUUACCUUGACCUUUUGGCUGCUAGUACGUCAGUCAGUGAAGGAAAACUUCAGCAGGAAGAGGAAAAUAGCCACACCACUACAGGAAGUCACUACAGGAGACGAGGAGGCUGGUAACGAAUCUGUGCUGAAGGUUCUGGGAGGCAAGGUGAUGAGCUGCUAUGCCAAAUACUGGAUCUAUGUCUGUGGAGGGAUGUUCAUCAUGGUGUCCUUUGCUGGAAAACUUGUUGCAUACAAGAUCAUCUACAUGCUGCUGUUCCUGCUCUGCAUGUGCCUUUAUCAGGUUUACUAUUCUCUGUGGAGGCGCCUGCUGAAGCUCUUCUGGUGGCUCGUUGUGGCCUACACCAUGCUUGUGCUGAUUUCCAUCUACACUUACCAGUUUGAAGACUUCCCUGGAUACUGGAGGAACUUGACUGGUUUCACAGAAGUACAGCUGGCAGCGAUCGGCCUGGAGACCUUUGCUCUGUCUGAACUCUUCACUAGUAUUCUGAUCCCCGGCUUCUUCCUGCUGGCCUGCAUCCUACAGCUGCACUACUUUCACAAGCCGUUCAUGAGAAUCACUGACCUGGAGCAGAUCACACCCAUACACAGGAAAAAGCGCAGUGACCAGACUGGCUCUGCUGAUGUGCAAAUGAACAAUGACGAGGACCUUGUUGCAAACACUGAUGACGACUCUGAAGAUGAAGUGGAGCUGAUGCCUAGCAAAUGGGGCCUGGUGAUGGACAGGUUACUGGAUCUUUCCAGAAGAUUCUCUGACAUUCUCACCACAAUUCAAGAGUUUCUCUGGAGGCUUCUGGAGCUUCACAUCCUGAAGAUGGUGGCCUUCUUCUCUGUAUGGGUCGCCCUCGAGGAGGUACAGGCAAAGACUGAAGCACUAAACUACCCAUGGAGAUGGAAGAGUCCAGUGUUGAUGAACUCAGCUCUCAUUAAAUGGAUCUAUCUGCCUGACUUUUACACUGUUCCAAACUCCAGAAAUCUCAUAGCGGACUUUGUGCUGCUGAUGUGUGCGUCUCAGCAGUGGAAGGUGUUUGAGUGUGAGCACGUGGAGGAGUGGAUGGUUCUAGCAGGAGAGAACACAGAUGAACCAGAACCAAUGGAAGGUCGAUUGUUUAACCCUGCACCUAACUUCAUAAAUUGCAGGAGUUACCUGGACAUGGCGAAGGUUUUGGUAUUUCGCCACUUCUUCUGGUUUGUGUUGUCAGUGGUCUUCAUCACAGGGUCGACUCGGAUAUCGGUGUUUGGACUGGGCUACCUGCUUGCUUGCUUCUUUUUUCUGUUGUUUGGGACGCAGCUAUUGGGCAAAAAAUCCAGAACUCGCCUCAACCUGUGGGACUGUCUCAUCAUCUAUAAUGUGGCAGUCAUCAUAUCUAAAAACCUCUUAUCUAUCCUGGCUUGUGUGUUUGUGUUUGAGAUGCAGAAGGGCUUCUGCUGGGUCAUCCAACUCUUCAGCUUGGUAUGCACAGUCAAAGGAUACUAUGAUCAUGAUCCAGAGAUCCAGACAGGAAAAAAGAGAUCCAGGAAGAAGCUGUGGCACCAGCCAUGGUUGGACCAUGCUGCAGUGCUGCACUCAGGAGACUACUACCUGUUUGAAUCUGACAGUGAGGAUGAAGAUGAUCUACAGUCUGAAGAACAGAAGCCUCAGAAACAGACUGCCUGUCAGUUGGCGUAUCAGGCAUGGGUGACGAGUGUGAAAACAGCUCUGAGAGAACGGCAGAAUCGACAGGGUCGACUGAAGAGAGCUGAGAGAGAAGAAAGAGCUGAUUCACACGAGGCUCUGUCAGGAAAAGAUUACGAGGAACCCGUCGUUCAGGAUGGGGAGUCAAAGGAACAAGAGUCUGGUCGUGGUGAGACGGUGCAGAGGAUCUUGGAUAUUCUGCGUUUCUUGGGGGCGAUCGUGCUGGCGAUGGUUGAUGGACUCACUGAGUGGCUUAAUUUACUGACUAAACAGUACAGAGAGAUUUCUACUGUUUUGUGCAAUGAGCGCUACUUCAUCAUCCAAAAGAUUCAGCAGCUCGGUUCAGCAGCAGACUCCAGAGAUGAUCGGGAAUCUCAGGGCAGUGAAAGCUGCACCCUGGAGACGUGUUUGGACGACACCGAUGCAGAAACUUCUACCAGGUGCCUGGAGGAUAGCAUAAACCAGUGCACCCCCAAGCUAAGCGUCAACAGCAGUGGGAAUAUCCUAACACCGCCAUCCAGCAGUACGGGACUGAUCCCAGACUUACCCAACCAGCAGCAAGGCAGACACUCCAGAACAGCCAGUGAGCUGCUGGGAGACAGGCAGUUUUUGAUCGAGGAGUUGGAACAGAGCAGAGAGUUUUUCUCCAGCCAGAACCGUCUGCUGAAGAUGCUGUUUGCCAUGUACAACCUGCUGUCAGCCAACUCUGAGCUGGUCUGCUAUUUCAUCAUAGUGUUGAAUAACGUGGUCAGUGCCUCGGUCAUAUCACUGGUCCUGCCCAUACUGGUGUUCCUGUGGGCUAUGCUGUCUGUUCCAAGACCAACCAAAAAGUUUUGGAUGACUGCGAUAAUCUACACAGAGGUUAUGGUUGUGGUGAAAUACUUUUUCCAGUUUGGAUUUUUUCCUUGGAACAGUAGUUUCGAGAUGACCCUUGAUAAGCCUUUCUUCCCACCUCGCAUCCUCGGCCUGGAAAAGACUGACAACUACAUCAGAUAUGAUCUUCUUCAGUUGCUGGCUCUGUUUUUCCACAGAUCCCUGCUGAUGCGGUAUGGCCUGUGGGACCAUGAAGGCCCCAUGGAGGAUCACAGCGCUUCUCCAGAAACGUUUAAUGUUGGAGUUAAAACUAGAGAAGGAGAUGAAGAUGGAAAGCAAAAGGCAAAAAGACACAAAGAAGAGAGAGAGGAUGACAGAGUUAGCACAGCCUCCACGCUGGAAAACCUGGAAAUAACUGAAAUCAGCCAAAUUAAAAAGGAUGAUGAGAACUACGUGGAACCGAGUACCAUCUCUGUCCUUUCUACCAUACAGCCCACUGAAUCAACACCCACUGGGUCACCAGAUACACCAGCAGAAGAAAUGCUGCCUCGGGUGAAGAGUAUCCAGCCGGAUAAGAGGGAAGGAGACGAUGAGGACGUAACAGAAGAAGUCCCAAAGAAAAGAAGCAGCAUCAGGUUCCGCAGGAAAAUAAAAACUCCUAAACAGCAGCACGGUAAAGUGGAGUCCAGUGGAGCUGAGGCUGUUGACUCCAGUAAAGACAUGAUGACGAAGAAUCAAAAAGGCAGGAAGAGAGAAGCAGCCAGUAAGAGAAUACGGGAUGUGGGACACAAGAUAAAACGUGUCUUCAUUUAUGGGAUUCAGAGUGUUUACAGGCCAGCUCAGGGUUUCUUCAGGGAUAUUCUGCACUCUGAGUACCGGGCUGCCACCGACGUCUAUGCACUCAUGUUCCUGACCGACGUCAUUGAUUUCAUCAUCAUCGUCUUUGGCUUUUGGGCUUUUGGGAAACACAGUGCAGCAGCUGAUAUAGCGUCCACGCUGUCAGAAGACCAGGUGCCGGAAGCGUUUCUGGUGAUGCUGCUCAUCCAGUUCAGCACGAUGAUCAUUGACAGAGCUCUGUACCUGCGCAAGGCUGUCACAGGAAAACUCAUCUUCCAGGUGAUCCUUGUGUUCGGGAUUCAUCUUUGGAUGUUCUUUAUCCUGCCCGCUGUCACUGAGAGGAUGUUCAACCAAAACUUCGUGGCACAGCUCUGGUACUUUGUCAAGUGCAUUUACUUUGGCUUAUCAGCUUAUCAGAUCCGCUGUGGCUACCCCACUCGUAUCCUCGGCAACUUCCUCACCAAGAAAUACAACCACCUCAAUCUGUUUCUCUUCCAAGGGUUUCGCCUGGUGCCGUUCCUGGUGGAGCUCCGAGCAGUGAUGGAUUGGGUUUGGACCGAUACCACAUUGUCUCUGUCCAACUGGAUGUGUGUGGAGGAUAUUUAUGCCAACAUUUUCAUCAUUAAAUGCAGCCGUGAGACAGAAAAGAAAUACCCACAGCCUAAAGGGCAGAAGAAAAAGAAGAUAGUGAAAUAUGGCAUGGGUGGACUUAUUAUCUUCUUCUUGAUCUGCAUCAUCUGGUUUCCCCUUCUCUUCAUUUCAUUGGUCCGAUCUGUCGUGGGUGUGGUCAACCACCCCAUUGACGUCACAGUAACUGUCAAGCUGGGUGGAUAUGAGCCCCUGUUCACCAUGAGUGUGCAGCAGCAGUACAUCAAGCCCUUUUCAGAGGAUGAAUAUGACCAACUCGCCAAAGAGUUUGAAGACAAUGCUGUCGCCAUGCAGUUCAUCAUCCUCUACAGUUACGAGGACAUUGUGACAGCCAUGAUCGAGGGUAGUUCUGGAUCUGUUUGGAGGAUCAGUCCCCCGAGCAGGCAGGAAGUCAUUAAAGAGUUACUCGGUCCUGUUGACCUCACGCUUCGUCUGUCCUGGAAUUUUCAGAGGGACCUGGGUAAGGGUGGAACAGUGGAACACGCCUUUGAUAAGCACUCCAUCGACCUGGAACCAGGGAACCCGGUCAGAGCAGACUUGGCUUCAUUACUGGUCGGCAACCGCACUGAGCCAGUGCUUGUUCCCAGUAUGUUUCCUAAGUACAUCCGUGCCCCCAACGGAGCUGAAGCCAAGCCAGUCGGUCAGCUGCAUGAAGGUAAUGAAGCUGGAUACAUGGAUAUAACCCUGUCACUAAAUAGCAGUGGGAACCAGGAGUGGUGGGACAUUGCUAUUGCGAACUGUUACUCCUCAGAGUGUGGUGUACUGCCCAUGGUCAUAUUCAGUGACAAAGUCAGUCCUCCCAGCCUGGGCUUCCUGGCAGGAUACGGUAUCAUGGGGCUGUAUGUGUCCGUGGUCUUAGUCAUUGGGAAGUUUGUCCGUGGCUUCUUCAGUGAGAUCUCCCACUCCAUCAUGUUUGAGGAGCUGCCCUGUGUGGACCGCAUUCUCAAGCUCUGCACUGACAUCUUCUUGGUGCGUGAGACGGGGGAACUGGAGCUGGAAGAGGAACUUUACUCCAAACUGAUCUUUCUCUAUCGAUCUCCUGAGACUAUGAUCAAAUGGACUCGGGACAUUAUCAGUCAACACCGAGACGGCCAAUGAUUGACUGCCUGAGAAAUCAUGUUUCCUUGGGAUAAACUACAGUAAAGCACGAAUGCAAAGGUGUCCAGGAGACGAUGCACGGAAGGGGAUUGUUGAGAACACUCCACACUUACCAAGUGGACACAGCAGACACACAGACCCUAACCCUCCACAUGCUGUGGCAUAUUUGCAGCUCUCUGACAACUUCAAACUAAGCAUGCUCAGUACAGAGUGGACAGGAAUGAGAGUGGAACUGCAGUUGAUGGGAUUCAUGACAUAUCUGUUGUGCAAAGCUGGACAUCAUUUCCCUGGAAGGCAAAAUCUGUCAUAUCAUGUUGUGUGCAUGUGUGCACGUUACACUGUAGGUGGAGGCAUUUUGCAGACAAAAGCCAAUGAUAAGAAGAAGCAGCGGAAGUCUCUGCAUCUCUAUGCUACAUCAAAAUAUGCAAACUAUAAAUUAGAAGUAUACCAAAAUACAUCGAAUGUGUCAGCUGGUCACUAUGUUAAGUUAAUGAGCUAUUUUUCAUUAAAUUACCAUCAUUUACAAAAAUGCAAACAGCUUAAAAGGGUUGGAACAAAUACACUAAAAGACUACAAAUCCUGAACGAUUCGUUCGGUGAACUGACUGAGAGUUGGACUCAUCAGGCCACGCCCCCCUGUCCUCAUCACUCUGUGAUUCUGUAACUCUGAUGUUUUUAUGUGUACGACCAUGCUGUGCAUGACGCUGACAAACAGUCUGCCAAAUGUGAAGUCAGUUCAUGUGAACUCCCUGGAAUUAACUUGGUGCCACAAUAGUACAAUACCCGUUUAUACAUUAUGGUCAAAUAUACAUCAUAAAACACUAAAUUUCCAGGUUAAAAAACUGUCACUAUUUAUUCUGUUCAUGCAAACAUUGUUGCCAUUGUUUUUGCUGAUCCACACUGUCUUUACAAAACAAUCAUUUCUUUACUUUCAGGGGGAGAGCGCAUAUGUUUUCUUUUUGUUUUUAGAUAUUAAAGUACCUGUUUCUACAAAAA